AUGACCAUGGCAUCCAAGUCCAGGGCGCACAUUGCCGUUGUUGGUGCCGGCCUCUCCGGCCUGCGAUGCGCCGACGUACUUUUGCAAAACGGCUUCCAGGUGUCAAUCCUCGAAGGGCGGGACCGCGUCGGCGGACGGGUGCAUCAGACGCAGCUCAGCAACGGCCACUGGAUUGACAUGGGGCCCAACUGGAUACACGGUACCACGGGCAACGUCAUCCUAGACCUGGCUAUGGACACUGGCACAGGCAUCGACGAUAUUGAUGAGGUUUCUUGCGCGUUUGACGAGACCGGAGUCAAGCUGGAUGUCGCCGAAAGCCUCAGAUACGAGACCAUCAUGUGGGAGACUAUCGACGACGCUUUUGCAUACUCAACAGCAUCAGAGGCAGAGAUUGAUCCAAAAAAGAGUCUCAUGGAUUUCUUUAGGGAAAAAGUGCCGCUAAAGAUACCAGAUGAUGAGCCCAACGCAGCGGCCAAGCGCAACACAGUGUAUCAGAUCUGCGAGACGUGGGGAGCCUUUAUCGGAUCGCCGGUCACAAAGCAAAGCCUAAAGUUUUUCUGGCUAGAGGAGUGUAUCGAUGACGAGAAUUUGUUCUGCGCUGGUACGUAUCGCAAGGUCUUACAGCGCGUUGCCAAGCCCGCAGGGGACAAGGCAGAUAUUUCCUUCAAUACUAUCGUCGAUAGCAUUACAUAUAAAAAGGAGGCAAAGGAAAAGGUUACUGUUCACGUCAAAGAUGGAAAGAUUCACGAAUUUGACGAAGUUGUCGUCACUGUCCCGCUGGGAUGGCUGCAAAAGAACAAGAACAAGGCUUUUGACCCUCCUCUUCCAACCUCGCUUACCUCUGCCAUCGACGCCAUCAGCUAUGGUUGCUUGGAAAAGGUAUAUAUCAGCUUCCCCGAAGCGUUCUGGAGAGCAAAAGACGACCAGCCAGAAACUGCCAAAGGGUUCAUUCAGUGGGUAUCGCCCACCUAUCACCCCGAACACAACGCCAGCCGCUGGCCACAGGAAGCGGUAGAGCUGUCCAGCCUCGGCAAUGACGACGCGCACCCGACCUUACUCUUCUACACCUAUGGCGAGCAAUCGCAGUGGUUUACCUCGGAACUCACCAAGCGUCCCGAGAAAAGAGACAAGACGGAAUUCAUCAUCCAAUACUUUAAGCCGUAUUACUCUCGGCUGCCCAAUUACAUGGCCGAUGCGGUGGUGUGUCAGCCAGUGGAAUGCGUGGCUACCGAGUGGCUCAACGAUGAGCUUGCAGGGAAUGGGAGUUACGGCAACUUUCAGGUUGGUUUAGAAAGGGGCGAUGAGCAUAUUAAGACGAUGCGCGAGGGCCUACCGGACCAGGGCUUGUGGUUUGCGGGCGAGCAUACGGCGCCGUAUGUUGCCCUUGGCACAAGCACGGGCGCGUACCUGAGUGGCGAGGCGGUUGGGGAGAGAAUCCUGGAAAAGUACGAGGAACUGAAAUUUUCUGGUAAAUGA